GUCAAAGAAAAGUCUAAUUGAGAAAAAAGACAUGAAUUCCAAUUAACUACAGGUUUUUUCAGAUACUACUAUCAGGUUCUGACUUUAGCUUCUUUUUUUUUUUUUUUUUAAAGCCUGUAACUCCACAUAAUAUCCAAGAAAUAUCCCCCAUAUAAGGGCUUGAUACAAGUGAUAGAGCACUAAUCUAAUCUCGUAGCUCCUUUACCUUUUUCUGCUUGCUUCUCUAGAAAACUGCAGGAGGAGAAAUUAAGGAAAAUGAAAGCAAGCAUUAGCUGCAAGAUUCUAAUUCUUUUAUUCUACUUUAUGUUCCUUGCUGUAUCUUCAGCCCAUCCAAGCAAGAAGAUGAAGCAAUACAAACCAUGCAAGGAACUAGUCCUAUACUUUCAUGACAUUAUUUACAAUGGCAAGAAUGCUGCUAAUGCUACCUCAGCUAUUGUAGCAGCACCACAUGGUGCUAACUUGACCAUAUUGGCAGGUCAGUUCCAUUUUGGUAAUAUAGUAGUAUUUGAUGACCCAAUUACUUUAGACAAUAAUCUUCACUCACCAGCAGUUGGUAGGGCACAAGGAAUUUACAUUUACGAUACCAAGAACACUUUCACUGCUUGGUUAGCCUUUACAUUUGUCCUUAACAGUACACACAACCAGGGCACAAUAAAUUUCGUCGGAGCUGAUCCGAUUCUGAUGAAGACUAGGGACAUUUCGGUGGCCGGGGGCACCGGAGAUUUUUUCAUGCACCGGGGAAUCGCAACUAUCUUGACGGAUGCAUUUGAAGGUGAAGUGUAUUUCAGGCUCAGGGUGGACGUAAAAUUUUAUGAAUGUUGGUGAAACCUUAUAUAUGUAUAAAAUAGAAGUGGAUUUGAGUGCUAUAGUAUGUUUGUUUCUUAUAUUGUAUAGGAAACAUCAGUUGUCUGUGAAAUGUAGUGAAAUAUGUACACUACUAUAAGAACUUGUUUGUUACUUAAUCAAUAAAUAACUAAAUAAAGUACUUCGCUAUUAUUUA